UUGGGCCACUAAAAACCAAUCGGAGGUGCAGUUGCUGCGUUCGGAGAGGGAGUAGCCCGAGGUGGAAAGUUUAAAAGUGAGAGCGUGUCCUGCCGUCCCUCAGCAGAACCAUCAAUCAACAUGAUCCCCAUCGUGCUGGCCUCGGUGCUCAUUGCUGCCGCCCUAGGGUGCGGCACCCCACCCAUUGAGCCCCUAACUUCCCGUGUGGUCAAUGGAGAGGAUGCCAGGCCCCACAGCUGGCCCUGGCAGAUCUCCCUGCAGUAUGAAAGGGACGGCGAGUGGAGGCACACUUGUGGAGGAUCUCUGAUUGCUGCCAAUUGGGUCAUGACUGCUGCUCACUGCAUCAACACGCAGCUCUCCUACAGGGUGUUUGUGGGCAAACACAACCUGGUGGAGGAAGAGGCUGGUUCCAAGGCCAUCCUGCCAGAGAAGAUUGUCGUUCAUGAGAAGUGGAACCCCAUCUUUGUGGCUUUUGGUAACGACAUUGCCCUGAUUAAGUUGUCUGAGUCCGUGACUUUGAGUGAUCAAGUGCAGUUGGCAUGUAUCCCCCCCGCUGGUACCGUGCUGGCCAACCUCUACCCCUGCUACAUCACUGGGUGGGGCAGGCUCAACACUGGAGGCCCCAUUGCUGAUAAGCUGCAGCAGGCUUUGAUGCCUGUGGCCGACCACGCCACCUGCUCCCAGUCUGACUGGUGGGGCAUCGCUGUUAGGACCACCAUGGUGUGCGCCGGAGGGGAUGGAGUCGUGGCUGGAUGCAACGGUGACUCUGGCGGCCCUCUGAACUGCAGGAACCCUGACGGAGUCUGGGAGGUCCAUGGCAUCGCCAGCUUUGUGUCGGGGCUGGGCUGCAACUUCAAGAAGAAACCCACGGUCUUCACCAGAGUCUCUGCUUUCAACGACUGGAUUGAUCAGGCAAUGAUGAACAACUAAUGAUGACAAGCCAAUAAAAAUAUGCAGUGAA